ACGAACCAGUGACACCCUUCAUGCCCUUACUCGUGAUGUGACAUCUCGUAUAUAUAGCAGUCUGUACGCUUACUUAGUUCAUUUAACACAUAGCCUCACAAAGAAGUGACUUUUCUGGGGUGAAGAUAAAAUGGGUGUGAUAUGGGAGAAUGUCCGACCGCUGCUGCGAUGCGUCUCAAUCAUCGUCAAUGUGCUCGUAUUAAUGGGGGUUGGAUUAUCUCAGGCAAGACCAUCUACAACACCGAUGGAGUCCUCCGAUCUAACUACGGCCCCCAAUCUCUCGAAGACGCCUCUGGCGGUUAGCAUGGAACCGAAGGAAGAGGAGCCAAGUCCCGGGGCUGUUCAGUCAGACAUGAUGCUGACAGCGGCCCAGCUUACCUUGUUACGGGAAGCAGAGGCGGACGAAAGGAGAGCUAUCCGGCCGACAAACGGACGGAGAAGACGGCGGAGGAAAGCGGUGUCUGACGUGGCCAGGCUGUGGCCACGCGGAAUCAUCCCGUAUGAAAUAUCCCUGUCUUCAAUGUCUGAUCGUACUAUAAUCGAAGAUGCCAUUGCCCAUUGGGAGGACAAGACGUGCUUGGACUUUAGGCCAUUUAACCGCAGACUGAUGCGCGAUCUACGACAUACCAGCAAGAUCGUCUUUUUCAAAGGAUCGGGAUGCUGGUCAAGCGUCGGGAGGUCCCACAGCGGAGCCCAGAGCAUCUCGAUCGGAGAGGGGUGUGCUGUCCUGGGAUCAAUCGUGCAUGAGAUAGGCCACGCCAUUGGCUUCUUCCACGAGCACUCACGCCCGGACCGGGCCGAUCACAUUCGUGUCCACACGGAGAACAUUCACCCGCGAUACCACCAGGACUUCCGUGCGCUCAGCUGGGGCCGUGUGGCCACCAUGGACGUCCCGUACGACACCAAGUCGAUCAUGCACUAUGGAUCUCAUUAUCAAUCAAUGAACGGUGAAGCCACUAUCACGACCAUUGACCCUUUGCAACAGGCCAAUCUGGGCCGGAAGGACGCUCUGAGCUUCGGCGACGCCAAGUUGGCUAACAUCAUCUACCAAUGCAAUGCUCACUGCGAUAUCACAACGGCCGAAACUGAGUGUCUCAACGGAGGAUACAUCGGGCCGAGCUGUGGCUGCGUCUGCCCGGACGAAUACUCGGGACAAAACUGUUCAGUUUACACACCGAAGCUGACAGGAUGUGUUCGGGUACUGACGGAGGAACGCGGCGUGGUAUCAAGCCCCAACUUCCCGGCUGCCUAUGAGAAUGACAUGCAUUGCAUAUGGCAGAUUAAGGGCAGUGCCAAUUCGACGAUACAGGUAAACGUACUUUCCUUCUCCAUGGAAGGUGGGGAUGGUUGUCCCUAUGACUACUUCCGGUACCUUCAAAGUGACAUGCGCCCUCUUGGGCCAAGAUAUUGCGGAGAGACCUCGCCACCUACGAAUGUAACGUUCCCUAUCAAUGAGAUCGUCGUUGAGUUUCAAUCAGAUGGGGAAAUCAAUGACAACGGAUUCCAAUUCGAGUAUCUGUUUGUAUCCACUUGAAUCGGCCGGGCGCCCUCUGGAGGUUAUCAGGGAAGUGAUCCCCUCCCCUCCCC